CUUUUCAUUACUCUCUGUUCCACUGUAAAUGACGUAAUUCGUGCAGGAAUUACAAAUGGCGGAUGUGACUGUCGGGACUGAUAACACCUAUAUAAUUGUUUUCAUAAAUAUCUAGUUAAUGCUAAUAUGAUUCUUGAAGAUACUCUCCCACAAGAUUUCUUUUAAAUCAAGAAUUUUACGUUUUACUUGCCAUUGUCCAUUGAAGUCGCAUAUACCUACCUAUAACGUACAGUUAGUCCUGAUUAUUGCCAUUAGAUGUUACCAUGUAUUUAUUGGUGACCAUGUAUAAUCAUUCAGAAUUGUUAGCUUUUCUUAAACAUAGUGGUUUGUUUUAAGGGCUGUAAGAAUGUCAGAUCAAAUUAGUUCAGGCUUCUAUCAGCUUAGUGUUACCAUUGAAUGUGCCCACUUGAGAGUUGGGAGCAGUUUGUUUAAGCCAAAUCCUUAUGUAGAAAUAUUUGUGGAUGAUAAAAAUCCUCGCAAAACCGAGGUUGUCAAAUGCACAUAUCAGCCAAAAUGGAAUGAAGAGUUCACAGUGUUAGUGACACCUGUUUCCUUUUUACACUUCAGACUUUUAAAUCAUAGUACAUUUCGAAAAGAUAGCGUGAUUGGAGAAAAACGUCUAAGUUUAUAUGAUGUUUUAAAACAUUACAAUGGCCGGUGUGAGCAUCUGGAACUUAAUAUGGAUUUAAUGAGUGAUAAGCAUUUACCCAGUCCAGUUAAAGUUGGUGAACUUAUUGCAUUACUUAAUGGAUUGAAGGUGGAUAUAUCUGUAGUGUCUCCUCCUGACCAUGUGCACGGAGCUUCACAGUCAGGUACAAAUCGUGGAGAUGUUCGUAGCUCUGUAUUAAAUGGUGGUGUUCGUGCCAGAAAUCGUCCUCCUGAAUCCCAGCAAUCUACUCAUCAUAUUAAUAAUUCAGCAGAUGCAGUUGGUUCAUUAAAUGGUGGUUCCUCAAUGAAUGUUAAUGGUGAGGGGGUCGGUGCUGCUGGAAAUGCUGAGCUUCGCCAGAAUCAGUCAAAUAUAACUCCCGAGGAACCUCUUCCACCUGGCUGGGAGAUGAGAUAUGAUGUAUACGGAAGGCGGUACUAUGUGGACCACAAUUCUCGAUCUACAUCCUGGGAGCGACCUCAAGCUCUCCCUCAAGGCUGGGAAAUGAGAAGGGACCCUCGAGGACGUAUUUAUUAUGUUGAUCACAAUACUCGAACUACGACAUGGCAGCGUCCAAAUACAGAAAGGCUUCAGCAUUUCCAACAUUGGCAAGGAGAAAGGCAGCAUGUUGUACAACAAGGAAACCAGAGAUUUCUUUAUCCGCAACAGCAACAGGCUAGUAGUAAUGCUGGAACGACUGAUGAAGAAGAGAGCCUUGGACCUCUUCCUUCAGGUUGGGAAAAAAGGGUUCAGCCUGAUGGCAGGGUCUAUUUUGUCAACCAUAAAAAUAGAACUACUCAAUGGGAAGAUCCUAGGACUCAAGGGCAAGAAGUUGGUUCUGAUGAGCCUCCUCUACCACCAGGAUGGGAAAUACGACUGACUGAAGAUGGAGUCCGCUAUUUUGUUGAUCAUAAUACACGAACAACCACCUUCCAGGACCCAAGGCCUGGUGCUCCUAAAGGACCCAAAGGUGUUUAUGGAGUACCAAGAGCUUAUGAGCGAUCGUUUCGUUGGAAACUUAGUCAGUUUCGUUAUCUUUGCCAAAGUAACGUGUUACCUUCUCAUAUCAAAAUAACUUGCAGCCGGCAAACUCUCUUUGAAGACUCUUAUCAUCAAGUUAUGAGGCUUCCAGCUUAUGAGCUAAGGAGAAGAUUGUAUAUAACAUUCAGAGGUGAAGAAGGAUUGGAUUACGGUGGUGUAUCCAGAGAAUGGUUUUUCUUGCUAUCUCAUGAGGUUUUGAAUCCAAUGUAUUGCUUAUUUGAAUAUGCCAACAAAAAUAACUACAGUUUGCAAAUUAAUCCAGCAUCAUAUGUUAAUCCUGAUCAUCUGCUUUAUUUUAAGUUUAUUGGAAGGUUCAUCGCAAUGGCACUUUACCAUGCAAGAUUUAUCUAUUCUGGCUUUACUAUGCCUUUUUAUAAAAGAAUGUUAAAUAAGAAAUUAACAAUGAAGGAUAUAGAAAGUAUUGAUCCUGAAUUCUACAAUUCAUUAGUUUGGAUACGUGAAAACAAUAUUGACGAUAUUGGUCUAGAAAUGUUUUUUUCUGUUGACUUUGAAGUGCUGGGUCAAGUUAUCCAUCAUGAGUUAAAAGAAAAUGGAGAUAAAAUCAGAGUCGAUGAAACUAAUAAAGAAGAAUAUCUGAGGUUAAUGACUGAAUGGCGCAUGACUCGUGGUAUCGAAGAACAGACAAAAGCAUUUUUGGAUGGGUUCAAUGAAGUAGUGCCUCUUGAAUGGUUAAAGUACUUCGAUGAAAGAGAAUUAGAGUUGAUGCUCUGUGGCAUGCAGGAAAUUGAUGUUGAGGAUUGGCAACGUAACACAAUUUAUAGACAUUACACUAGAAACAGUAAACAGGUUCUUUGGUUUUGGCAGUUUGUUCGUCAAACGGACAGUGAAAAAAGAGCUAGACUGUUGCAGUUUGUCACUGGAACAUGUAGAGUUCCUGUCGGAGGCUUUGCAGAACUUAUGGGAAGCAAUGGACCUCAAAGGUUUUGCAUCGAAAAAGUUGGCAAAGAGACAUGGCUUCCUCGAUCUCAUACAUGCUUUAAUCGCUUAGAUCUCCCGCCAUAUAAAAGUUAUGAUCAGCUUGUCGAAAAACUCAAUUAUGCUAUUGAAGAAACUGAAGGCUUUGGUCAAGAAUAAUUUUCUGUUAAUAAACUUAAAAAUGUUAAUUUUAUAUUCCUGUAAAUAACAAUUUCUUUUAACUUUUUUUUUUUGUUUAUCUUCUGCACAAGCACUUUAGGCAUGCAUAAAAAGUUCCUUUUGUACAGAAUAUGUAAUCUUUUAUUUUAUUAAAUGAGAAUAUUAACCAAUAAAUAAAAUAUUAUUACUUGCAUUGUUUAUAGAAUGUUAAAUAGUUUGAAAUAUAUCUGUAUUUCAUAUAUAAAUAUGUGUGUGUGAGCGCGCGACUGUGUUUUAAAGAGUUAUAUAUUAUUAAUAUAUUGUAAAUUAUUGAUGUGUAGCAUAGAAUGUAAAUAUUAUAUGUAAAUAGACACACAUAUGUUUAGAUGAAAUGAUCGGUUAUAAGUGUGUUUUAACACUGUAAAUUCAACACAAUUUUUUGUUAAUAUUGUACAUUAUAUUGUAUAUUAAUUAAUAAAAUCCAUCCAAAGAUUGA